GCCGCGUUCUCGCGAGAUUUCCGCCCGCGCCCCCCCCUCCCCUCCCCUUUCAUUCCACGUCAGAAGGAACCGGGCGGAGCGGCCAACAUGGCGGAACGCAGGCGACACAAGAAGCGGAUCCAGGAAGUUGGUGAACCAUCUAAAGAAGAGAAGGCUGUAGCCAAGUAUCUUCGAUUCAACUGUCCAACAAAAUCCACCAAUAUGAUGGGUCAUCGAGUUGAUUAUUUUAUUGCUUCCAAAGCCGUGGACUGCCUUUUGGAUUCAAAGUGGGCAAAGGCUAAGAAAGGAGAGGAAGCUUUAUUUACAACCAGGGAAUCUGUGGUUGACUAUUGCAACAGGCUUUUAAAGAAGCAGUUUUUCCAUCGAGCACUAAAAGUAAUGAAAAUGAAAUAUGAAAAGGACAUAAAGAAAGAAAAAGAUAAAGGAAAAGCUGAAAGUGGAAAAGAAGAAGAUAAAAAGAGCAAGAAAGAAAAUAUAAAGGAAGAAAAGACAAAAAAGGAAAAAGAGAAAAAAAAAGAUGGUGAAAAGGAAGAAUCCAAAAAGGAGGAAACUCCAGGAACUCCCAAAAAGAAGGAAACUAAGAAAAAAUUCAAACUUGAACCCCAUGAUGAUCAAGUUUUUCUGGAUGGAAAUGAGGUUUAUGUGUGGAUCUAUGACCCAGUUCACAUUAAAACAUUUGUCAUGGGAUUAAUUCUUGUGAUUGCAGUAAUAGCAGCCACCCUCUUUCCUCUUUGGCCAGCAGAAAUGAGAGUAGGUGUUUAUUACCUCAGUGUGGGUGCAGGCUGUUUUGUAGCCAGCAUUCUUCUUCUUGCUGUUGCUCGUUGCAUUCUGUUUCUUAUCAUCUGGCUCAUAACUGGAGGAAGGCACCACUUUUGGUUCUUGCCAAAUCUGACUGCCGACGUGGGCUUCAUUGAUUCCUUCAGGCCUCUGUACACACACGAAUACAAAGGACCAAAAGCAGACUUAAAGAAAGAUGAGAAAUCUGAAACUAAAAAGCAGCAGAAGUCCGACAGUGAGGAAAAGUCAGACAGUGAGAAAAAGGAAGAUGAGGAAGGAAAAGUAGGACCAGGAAAUCAUGGAACAGAAGGCUCAGGAGGAGAACGACAUUCAGACACAGACAGUGACAGGAGGGAAGAUGACCGGUCCCAGCACAGUAGUGGAAAUGGGAAUGAUUUUGAAAUGAUCACCAAGGAGGAGCUGGAACAGCAAACAGAUGGGGAUUGUGAAGAGGAGGAGGAAGACAACGAUGGAGACACACCUAAAGCUGCACAUGAAAAGUCAUAAUCUGACCAAUUUGGGGACUGAAUAGUGCAAGAGGUUGGAUUUUCUAUGUUGGCUGAUCAUCAUAAUGUACACAUGACACUGUAGCAUUCUUUAAAUCAAUUUACCGACGUGUAUUUGACAUUCAAGCAGUGAUAGUCCUUCGUUUUAUAGGAUAUUGGUACUAUUCUUGGUACAGUCUACAGCCAUUAAUGAGUUUUAUCCAUUUGAUAAUUUUACAGUAAAUAGGUCUCAUUCAUUUUGAUAGAUAUCAAAGAUGCAUUUUCCACAUUGACAUUUAGAUUAAGGGCAUUUUUGAUAGUUAUAUGGCUUUUUACUGUUAGACUAAUCAAAAUAACUUUGAAAAGAAUAAAGUAACUCCAAUGUGUCAGAUUAUGCAUAGUUAUGUAGCCAUUUCACAGUUUCCUUAGAAUGAAAUGCUUAAACUCAUUGUUCUCGAUAGUUUUUCUCUUUAUAACAUUAUACCAGAAGUUUCUUCUAAUAUUCUGAGUUAGCAGGGAUCAAAAGCAUUUUGUGGAAACAAACCAACUAAUAACGAUGCAACAAUAUUUUUAACAAAGCUACAAAUUCUCCUUUUCCAACAGAGGAAAUCCAAACUGAAUUGUACAUUUGAUUCAGAGAAAGAUGGUCAUCUCCAGCAGACAAACGCUUCUUCCUUCUUCCCCUCUCCUUGUCGUAACAUAAAGUGUAUUCUGUACAUAAUUUACAAAUAAAACAUUUUAUUUUAAUUGUUACUUAUUAUUUAGACUUCAACAUAAAUUUGUACAAUAAAGACCAUGUAAGGGUAUGUUUUGAGAGGAAUGGAAGUUUCCAUAACCCACAGGACAUCUGUGAUCUUUCCACAGCAGCUUCAGUUUUGUGCCAACAUUCCAUGUAUUUGAAAAUGAGUAAAAACUGAUCCCAAUUAAACAGAAGCAGACCGAAAAUAGCUGUUUGUACGCCUUAAUGUUCAUCUUGAUUUAUUUUAAAUCUUUCCAUUUAAAAAUGGGGUAUUCUGUUAUCUGACCAGGAGACACCGCUGUGAGAGUUUACUGUUCUAAAAUAUCAACUUAAAAUAAAGGAUAUAAAAGAAAAUAUA